UUUAAAAAAGUUAACUUUAAUUUCAAUUUGUUUGUUUAGCGGGGAAAUAUAUAUAUAUAUAUAUAUAUAUAAAUCAAUGUUAAAAAAUAAAUUUAAAAAAGAGACACCAUGUAUGGUAAGACAGGUUAUAACAAAGUUUAGGAAAAAAACUACCUGUAAGAGAGCUGUAGGAAACAUCUAUUAAAUGAAAUCUAUAUGCCAAUUAGUUGGAAAUGAAAUAUAGACUUUCUAAAAGAGCUUUGGAGAAGGAAAUAACAGAACUUAUCCCCCUGGAAAAGGGGAGGGUAAAUCAAUAAUUAAGAAAAAACUAAUAUAAACAAGACAAUAUGCAAUGGAGGUAAGAAAGGAAGAAAACUAACGACAAACAUUUACAAAGAAAAUAUUUAUGGAGAAAGAAAACAGGAGGGAAGGUGUAACAACGACAAGAUUGAGAGUUGGUCAUAGCUACUUAAACGAAUCUUUAUUUAUUUAAUAGUGAAAUUGAAAAGUACAACAACAGAGAAUGAGGGAAAAAGUAAAUAAAAUACAGAAUGGAGUCUAAAAGGAAUUUUAGGAACAGAAAGGGAUAAAAGCAAUCAGGAUUAUAAAUAAGAUAUUUUCAUUUUUACAUAUCAAAUGAACACAGAAAUUAGUAGUUGCAGGCUAUGAGGUUGUACAGUAGGGGGCAGUGUGCCUCUGUGGAGUUGUUUGCAAUCCGACAAUAAAACAAAAGAAGAAGAACGCGCUGCUGCUCAGAGUUGAUGUUGUGGAACCACUUUAUAACAGAGCAGUAGUUUAUCAAUGGCCAGUUAUGAAGUUAAUACGGUAAUUUCAUAACUCAGUCUGCCUGCAGCUCACGGAGUGAACAGCUAAAUUAGUUUGUGGAGGCUUCCGGGUUCAGUUAGCAAUGCGAAAACAAUGUAAAUUUUUAUACAAACAUUAAGGUAUCACAGGUAUUUUUCAAAACAUAAAAUAGCAGCACCGAACGAAACCUCCCAGUUCGGAAUGCUGGAGCUAUUAAAACCUUUGUGGAAGGUAUUUAAAAGAUUUACGAGGCAUUACAGUAGAGUGACGUUACCCGAUGCCAUCCCAGCUGUCACCGCUGCCAUGGCCUGAGAUUUUUGUCUACUGGCUGCUCUCUUUGGGCUCUCAUUUUUACUCUUUUUACCAGCUGCACAAGUUCUCCAAAGAGCAUGAAGCUGGUUUACAGAGAGAGUUCCAGUUGGAAAAUGGCCUUUUUAAGAGCUUCAAAAGGGACCCGUCUGACUUUGAGUGGAGUUUCUGGACUGAGUGGGCCAAAAAGUCUUUACUGUGGACUCUAGUCGGUCAUGGCGUAUUAUCAAGAUUGGCGGCCAUUUUUCACCCCAAGCUUAAGGUGCUUGCGCUCACAAUGUUCGACUUCUUGGCAGCCAGCAGCUUGCUGGGCUUUAAGGGUGUGGGGGUUCUGCUUCUACAGCUGUCCGUUGCCUUCUCAGUGGCCCAGCUGCGAAAGCCUUCUUUGGCGUGGAUCACUAACCUUCUGCUGCUCUCCACAAUUCACAUUCAGCCACUGCAAGACAUCCAGAGAGGCUGGUACAGCACAGAGGAGGAGUACUACCUGCUACUUUUCAGCGUUGCCGUCUGUGGCCUGCGAUUCAUCAGCUUCAGCCUGGAGCACUGCUGGAGCCCUUUAGAGUGCAGUCGAGUCGCGCAUCUCUUCUGGCUGUUUUCAUACACCUUCUAUCAUCCUUUCUUCUACAACGGACCCAUUAUCACUUUCAAAGCCUACGCUGAGCAGAUGAGGAAGUCGGCCGACGAGAACAGCGGGGAGGAAUCUGUCUUUGGCUACGUGCUGGUCAGAUCAGUCCGGGUCAUUCUGUGGUGGAUCCUGGCAGAAUACAUGAUCCAUGUCAUGUACAUGCACUCCAUCCACUCUAAUGAGACCUACAUAGAAUUGCUUCCUCCCUGGGCUUUGGGGGGUCUGGCCCUGGCUCUGGUCCAGUUCUUCUACGUGAAGUAUCUGGUGCUGUUUGGGCUUCCGUCCAUGCUCGCCACUUUGGACGGCCUGGUCCCCCCGAGGCUCCCGCGCUGCGUCAGCGUCAUGCACAGCUUCACAGGGAUGUGGAGGCACUUUGAUGAGGGGCUGUAUCGAUGGCUUAUCAGAUACAUCUACGUGCCUCUGGGUGGUUCCCGCCACGGUCCUCUCUCCAAAGUGUUUUCCACCGGCGUCGCCUUUGCGUUCGUCUGCUUCUGGCACGGCGGCCAGGACUACCUGCGGUACUGGGCCCUGAUGAACUGGGCCGGCGUUCUGGUGGAAAACGCCAUCAGAGCUCUCUUUGCCUCAUCCCGCCUUCACUCCGUAGUUGAGCAGAAUUUCUCCUUGGCGAUGCGAAGGCGCUGCGCCGCCCUCCUCUGCGCCUUCUCGACGGCCAUGCUCAUCCUGUCUAAUCUGGUGUUCCUCGGGGGGACGCACGUGGGCAGAAUCUUCUGGAAGCGCGUCUUCAUUCAGGGGUGGUCCACCGUCGCUCCGCCGAUGCUCACCUUCCUCUACUGCUUUGCUCAGGUUGGACUUGAGCGAACUUCUUCCCCACCGUGAGUCACCUUGACUUCCUGGAAAACUGAGAAUCCCUGCUGCCGGACAAGCAGGACAACCCGUUGGCCGCGGAGCUGCGGCGACCUGACCCGACAGCCACGCCGAGUGUCCAAAACACAGCCCAAGUUCUGCUGCAGAGCUGCACCGCAAAGCAAAAAAAAAAAAAAAAUGCUGGACCCCAGAGUCCGUCUUCAUUGUACGGCUUUGAUAAGAUAUUGCUCAGUGGUGCAGUAAAUCGGAGAAGUGCAAUGUUUACUGCUAAAAACCGCUGGUCAGUCAGACUUCAGAGGGCAGCAGCAGAAACCUGACCCAGGCUCUGUUCUAUACACAUUUAAUCAGGAUGUAGCAGACAUGUGAAAUCACAGUAAAGUAUUGGUUAUUUUUCUUCUACAUUACAGACACGAUGGGAAAAGAAAACGUCCCCAAACUCACCUGUCAUUUAUAUAGAUAUGAGUUUGUUUCUGGUAAGAACUGCUGAAAAUGUAUAACUAUCAAUGUUCCAAAUGGCAAUGUUCAUAAUUUUAAUAAAGAUUAACAUUUUUAAAAAAGCUA